CAACUCCCACCAGUCGCGCGCCGUCUGCGCACACGCAGCCUUCGCGCCAAGCAAAUCUAACCUAUAAAACCUAUAGUGUAACAACUGUGUAUAAAACUUUAUCAGUGGAUUACAGUGAGAAUAACUCGAACUGUGAUGUGUCCAUACGUAACCGAGUGCAUAUUUGUAACGCGUGUAGCGUGACGGCAAUAACUCUUCUCAAUAGUGUCGUCUAUUAACUGUUUAUGGCCUGUGCAGUGCGUCUAUUGUUGUGUGCGCUUCCACUAAUCUCCAAUUCACCUGUCCACGCCAAAUGUGGUUAGACUGUGAAAUGUGACAAAAAAUGGCAAUGAUCUAUCAUUGUUCAGUGUGGACCCUCGGUUUGUAAACUUUGUGGGCGACUACCUGACCCUGGGGUUGGAGGCGUCGGACGAUCGAUCGGACAACCAGUCGCCUUAUGAAUCUUCAUACGUAAUGUCUGAAAACGGUGCAACAGCAGUGUCGCGGGCGUCUACACCUCGCCCUGUUACUGAAAGUCCUGUUACUACUCCCUUACGUUCAAGGCAUGACCAGUUCCUCGCUAGUUCAGCUGAAAGAGCUCAAAGACCUACCUCUAAUGGUCGAAAUCCUAAUGGAAACUUCGAGUCACCGCCCUUACCUUACCACCGUCAGAUAACGACGGGUUCCCUUCUACCAUCUCAUCGUGAAACUUCAGCAUUUGUUCCCGUAGUUCCAACAAGAGCCAUGCAUCCUGUUAUGUAUCCCAAUGAAAUGCACCCUCCACUAAUACCAUCAGAAAUUAUCGAGCGUGAGAGAAUGCUGGAGAGAGAUCGAAGUGAAUCCGCGAAAGGAUCACCCGAUAGAGUUUCGGGUAACUUUCCUAAAAGGAACUCAUUUGAUUUAAUGGCUAUGAUGGUCGAAAAGAGAAAAGAGGUGGCAUUAAGAGAAGCAGCCGCAGCAAUGCUUCUUCCUCACCAUAGAACACCUUCUAUUGAUGGAAUGAUAUCGGAUGGAUCACCCCAGCCCCCUAUUUAUGGUCCACCUGGUGCAUUUUUAGGUGCGCCCGGUCCUUCACCCACAGCUGGCAACAGCUUCACAUUUCCCGGGGCUGGUUUAUUUCCACCGGGGGCCGGUCCUCAUCAAAUGCACCCACAUCUAGACAGACGAUUACUUCGUGCACCAGGCAGAGCCUCGAGACCGAAAAAGCAAUUUAUUUGUAAAUUUUGUAAUCGACAAUUCACAAAAUCUUAUAACCUGCUUAUCCACGAGAGAACCCACACUGAUGAGCGUCCUUAUUCCUGUGAUAUCUGCGGGAAGGCGUUCCGGCGACAAGACCACUUGCGUGAUCACAGGUACAUACAUUCUAAAGAGAAACCUUUUAAAUGUACAGAAUGUGGAAAAGGAUUUUGUCAGUCGCGAACUCUAGCUGUUCACAAGAUCCUUCAUAUGGAGGAGUCGCCACACAAAUGUCCUGUUUGUAGUCGAAGUUUCAAUCAACGUUCCAAUCUCAAGACCCAUUUAUUGACACAUACUGACCAUAAACCUUAUGAAUGCAACUCCUGCGGAAAAGUAUUCAGAAGAAAUUGUGACUUGAGACGACACGCACUAACCCAUGCAGUGGGCGAUGUCCCUACGGGAGAUGUUUUAGAUGUGGGUGAAGAAGAUAUCGGCAGACCAGGUUCACCUAUUGAACCAGGAUUCGAUGAUGAAGAUCCUGAACUAUCAUCACCAGAACAUUCUCCAGUUAGAAGAGCACGUUCUUCUUCAAUUGAAAGUACUGGGAGAGAGCAAAGCGAAGAAAGACCGCGACCUGUUUCACCAUCGCCGGUUGAACGUACUCAUUGCCAUCAUAAUGAGAAUAGAGAUAGGGCAAGUCCUUACACUAUGAGACCCCAAUACCAAGAGAAACAUCGAAUGCCGAUUUCAGAUUUAUACGAAAAGCGAAGAUUUACUACUGACGAAAUUAUAGAAAAAGAAACACGCUACUCUGAUAUACCUGAACAUCCAAUAAGACAUCCACAAUUGCAAAUCCGCCGAGACUUACAUCAUGUUCCACCACCAGAUCCUUCAAAACUCAGUCAAAUGGCUAGUCCAUCUAUAGAUCCAGGGCCUACAGGAAUGUAUCUCAGUACAUUUAGGAAACGAAGUCAUCCACCAGAUAUUGGGGAAAAUGUGAGGACUUGCGCAGCAGUAUACCGAAGUCGUUCGCCGGAACCGACAAACCUUACGAUGCCUCGACCUCCGAUUGUCAAUAACGAUGUUGUGAUUGGUAUACCGCCCACAAUUAUGAACAUACAAUCUUAUCACAAGUUUGGACUACCAUUGCCACCUCCGCACCCACAAAUCCCGUACGGGCAUAUAUCUCAUACCGUAUUGGGACCACAGCAAACAGUCGCUCAAGAUUUAAUUGUGAAACAUGUUCCACCUAAAGAUACAGCGCCGAGUACUUCAACAAGCGUUACUAGUUGCAAAGAUAUAUCACAGACCAAUUUAAAAGAAACUACAGAUACAGAUUCUAGUUUGAUUGCUAAUGGUAUUAAGAACAUAGUCGGUAUACAACCGAAUGCGAACCCGAAGCCUGGAACGAGUCAAUCGAGUGGCCCUAAAAAAGGUUUUAGCAUAGAAGAAAUAAUGAGACGUUAAAUAUUACAAUACGUAAAAGUGAUAAGGAUUAUUUUAGAUUGUAAAUAAGUUAUAUUUUAUUACUAAUAUAAUUAGUGGUAAUUUCUUGAGAAGUAUUAUUAGUUCAAAGUUUUAACAGUAUAAUGAAUUCCUAGUGGUAUGUUUGUAUGUAAUUGCGAUGUGGAUUUGGUUUUCGUAAAGAUCUCAUAAGGUUUGUUUGUGCAGUGUUUUGUUUACGUCCAAAUUUUAAUAACUAUUAGAAUAGUUUAUCAAAAUUUUAGGCCAUACCUAAUGUU